UUUUAGUUCAUCUGUGCUGGUACUGAUAAUUGACACAGAGCAGCCGUCAUGUCAGCUAUGGGGAGCAUACAGCAGAGAAACCUUCACUAUUUGGCCCUUAUCUUUUUCCUCCUGACCGCUUCUUCACCUGCUGCAGGUGUCAUCAAACUAGCUGGGUCCGGGUCUACUCGGUGCUCUGGGAGAGUUGAAAUCUAUCACAACAACGCCUGGGGAACAGUCUGUGAUGACCGCUGGGACUUAAAUGAUGCUGAGGUGGUGUGCAGGGAGCUGGGCUGUGGUGCAGCACUGAAUGCCACUCAGUCGGCUCAUUUUGGUCAAGGAACCGGUCAAAUCUGGCUUGAUGAGGUGGCCUGUUCAGGAAGUGAAAGGUCUCUAACUGAGUGUCGGCACGGAGGAUUUGGGUCACACGACUGUAACCACGGUGAGGAUGCUGGUGUGGUCUGUUCAGGUAUCAGACUAGCUGGGUCUGGGUCUACUCAGUGCUCUGGAAGAGUUGAAAUUUAUUACAACAACACCUGGGGAACAGUCUGUGAUGACAGCUGGGACUUAAAUGAUGUUGAGGUGGUGUGCAGGGAGCUGGUCUGUGGUGCAGCACUGAAUGCCACUCAGUCGGCUCAUUUUGGUCAAGGAACUGGUCAAAUCCGGCUUGAUGAUGUGGGCUGUUCAGGAAGUAAAAGGUCUCUGAGUGUCGGCACGGAGGAUUCACACAUUCCUCAAAUCAUCAACCAUCCACAUAAGCAGAAUGCACUACAAAAGAGACAAAAAUAGAGUCUACAUCCAUGCUAGUGACUCUGUGAGGCUGUAAUGAUCAUUAUAAAGAAAAACAAACUGUCUGAUGAUUAUAAAUUCACAAAUACCAUGAAUGGCUAUGUCAAAUUGCAUGGUAAUCCAUCCAACGGUUGUCAUGACAUCUCAGUCUGAACCACAAAUGUCCACCUGCUGAUCAUAUUAGAAGGAAAGUCAAGGUGCUAUGUUAUUUCCUCUGGGAAACAUGAAUGUCUGGACUAAACUCUUGCCUGUCCUUCUCGUAGAUGUGGAGAUAUUUCAAUUAAUAAAUUACAUUUCUGACCUGGCUGAAAAGUAAGUUAUAGUCCACAUAUUAACCACAUUUCAGGGUAAUCUAGUUGUUGUAGAGAAUAUGAACCAAAGUGGUGGACUGACAGACUGACAUAGCCAGCCACAGAGCCAAGCUGCGAGCAUGGCUAAAAAUACACCACAUAGAGUGAAAGUGCAAACAUAAGAAGAAACACUCCAAAUUAAUUAAUAGAAAAUACCAAAACACAUCCGAAUCAAAAGUAAACCGAGAGACAUAGAGUAACAUACAGUAUAUUGGUCCAAACUGAAGUCACAUUGUCUUAACUCUUCACACAGUCCGCAAAACAGAAGUGUAAGUGGACCAAACUGUGAACCAUUUUUCAUUGCUUUAACACAAGAUGCAUUCUAUGACCACUUUCUCCAAAUCCCAUUAAGUCUUUUCUCAUUACUACUCCACCACCUGCAAAACACUAUAUCUGCAGCACAUUUUUCAAUAGCUAACACACUGUGUCCAAAACUGUUAAAAUACAGUCAAGACAGAAAGAUGGCAAAUGUCUCCAUUUCUGCAUCAACCAGACUGAAAUAUAUGGAAAGACAGUUUACAUAAAUCUACUAGAACUGUGUGAAGUGUUUUGAAAAAAGUGUGGUUUAGCAGGAAAUGUGCAUGCAUUUUAGCAGGAUUGUUUCAGGGUGUUGGUACAUGAAUUACAGGGUGCUGUCAUUGUGUCUCAAGUACCAGUGUUUUUUUUACAACUGCUAACAUCUUUUUCCAACACCUUUGUCCAAUCUGUAGUCACAUUUUCAAAGCUCUAAACACAGGUAGCUCCACAUCGGUUUGUUCAUACCAUACCAUUAACACAAUUCAUGUUGUUUUCACACAAUAUGCAGUCAAUUAACCCAUUUAUAAAAUGCUAAGUUAUUCUUAGCAUGAGUGCGCGCUCACGUGGGUGCAUUGAUAUUGACUACCAGCUAUAUACAGCGUGCUAGCCUCGAAAAUCCAGCUGUAUUAUAACAUUAACUUAGCUCUCCUUAUUAGCUAGGCUCUUUACAUGCUUGCUAAUAACUUUUUUUAAGCGGGGUCUCCGACAUUGACAGUGUUAUGUUGGACAGAUUUGUGCAGCUGUGUUCCAUGAGGGAGAGAGAGAGAGAGGUACGGGUGAGUGAGAGAGUGAGAGGGACGAGCGAGAGGAAGUGCUGCGUGAAUGCGCUACGGCGCCCUGCAAUCAAAUACGAUAAAAAAAAAAAAAAAGAAGAAAGAAUCUAAAAUCAAUGUGGGGCGGUCAGCGUUGAUAUUGUGGCGGGCCACCACAAAUAAAUGAACGUAUGGGAAACACUGUAAUGGAUCUACUGACGGCGUUUGUUGGAGGAGCGAAGUUGCCAAGAAGGAACAUAAAAGUAUUUGACAGUAUUUUUACACAUUUUGAACUAAAAGCCACAUAGGUUGGAUUAAUUGUUGAUCACUGGCUGCAAUUUCAUGUUGCUAAUAAAGCUUUUACUUCUGUAGUUCUGUCACUUACAUAUUUUUCCUACUCUACAUUCUAUAAAGUAAAGCUGACACUUUUACAUAGUUUAUUGCCAAAAAGGCAGACAAUCGACCCUCAAGUCAAAAAUGUAGGGUGGUUUACAGUAAAAGGAAACUGAAUUAAAAAAAACAAUGGAUUUCAUCGUCUACUGUAUGCAGGUAGAGCUGAAACAUGAAAAGUAAUGCAGUUUUUGUAAUUUAAAAAGAAACUUUGUUAUUGUUAGAAAUAGUACUUUGAACAAAAGUACAACAAAAAUAUUAAAGAUUUUAUAAAUAAGGGUCAAAUUUAUAAAACUACAGAAAACAUUUUAAAAUAUCUGAUUGAUUAUAAAUUACAGAGUACUACUACUAAUGAAAAUUAAAGCCCCCCUGCAGCCAGU